AACACAUUUCAUCUGUAUCCCAUUUUAUUCAUCUGGAAUAGAAAAACCUAUGAAUCAGUAGGACGUGCCGAUGGGGCAGUUCACGUCAAAGCGUGGAGGUUUGGGCACUCUCCCUCGUGUCCGCUUCUCAACCAGGGAGGAGGAAGGACCUCCGAGGUAUUCUCCACACCAUUUUGAUGCUAGCAGGCAGCAACAAGAUGGUAACCUCCAAAUUCCUCCAACCAUUGUUGUCUCGGACAUGGAUUCAAGUGCAUUAGAGCGUCGUGGUUCGAGGGCAGAGCUGAGGAGAUCUUCCCUCUACAGCACAUUAGACCUAGUGCCACAGCUGGAGCAUUAUGCCGGCACACUGCCACACAAACAAGUGAGGAGCCGGCCCUCUCUUGAGGCUCUCCGCAGGGCAUUUGAGGAUGUGGAAGGGGCAAGCACCACCACUGACUCAGGUGUCAGCAGUCUGCCAGCGACUGACAACGGGAAUGAAGAAUCACAAGGUCCACAGGAGAAAGCUCCUACUAGAUUUGGCUGGAUAAUUGGUGUCAUGGUUCGUUGCAUGCUAAACAUUUGGGGGGUUAUCCUGUUUCUCCGGCUAUCGUGGAUCACUUCUCAGGCAGGCAUUUUGUUGACCUGGCUUAUUAUCCUGAUGUCUGUGAUGGUUACCUCAGUAACUGCCCUCUCCAUCUCUGCCAUUGCCACCAACGGGAGAGUGGUCUCAGGUGGGGCAUAUUUUAUGAUCUCCCGCUCUCUGGGUCCUGAAAUUGGCGGACCAAUUGGGGUGGUUUUUUCCUUUGCCAACGCUCUGGCCUGUGCCCUCAACACUGUUGGCUUUGCAGAGGUGGUCCGUGAUCUAAUGCUGGAGUUCAAUGUCGUCAUGGUCGAUUCAAUCAACGACGUCCGUAUUGUGGGCGUAAUCACUGUGACUGUUCUUCUGCUCAUAUCAUUGGCUGGAAUGGAGUGGGAGUCCAAGACCCAGAUUUUGUUCUUUUUAGUUCUCUUGAUCUCAUUUGCUAACUACAUUGUGGGCACAUUCAUCCCUCCCAGUAGAGAGAAACAAGCUGUGGGCGUCUUUGGAUACCGCAGUGAUAUCUUUGUAGAAAACCUGACACCAGACUGGAGAGGACCUGAUGGCAGCUUUUUCCAGAUGUUUGCCAUUUUCUUCCCCUCUGCCAUCGGCAUCCUUUCUGGAGCCAAUAUCUCUGGAGACCUUAAAGACCCUGCUACUGCUAUCCCCAAAGGCACCCUCAUGGCCAUUUUCUGGACUACAGUCAGCUAUCUAGUUAUUUCUGUAACUGUUGCGGCUUGUGUGGUGCGUGACGCCUCCGGUAACCUAACCGACAUUCUGACUGGAAACAUGACUGACGGCUGUGUGGGUCUGGCAUGUAACAUGGGCUGGAACUUCACAGAGUGCAUCCAGUCACAGACUUGUACUUAUGGUCUGGCCAACAGUUCAAAGGUACUGGGCCAAGUUUCAGGUUUAUCCUAUCUCAUCACUGCUGGUGUCUUUGCAGCCAGCUUGUCAUCUGCCCUUGGUUUCCUUGUCUCUGCCCCUAAAGUCUUUCAGUGUCUUUGCAGAGACAAAAUAUACCCAUACAUCGGAUUCUUUGCAAAGGGUUAUGGGAAAAAUGAUGAGCCUCUCCGAGCCUAUUUACUCUGCUACGUCAUUGCUGUGGCCUUCAUUCUCAUCGCUGAGCUGAACACCAUCGCAGCCUUGAUCUCCAACUUCUUCCUGUGUUCCUACAGCCUCAUCAACUUCAGCUGCUUUCACGCUUCAAUCACCAACUCCCCUGGUUGGAGGCCGUCAUUUCACUACUACAGUAAAUGGACUGCGUUGUUUGGAGCAGUGAUAUCUGUGGUGCUGAUGUUCCUGUUCACCUGGUGGGCUGCUCUCAUAACCUUCUGUAUCAUCUUCUUCCUGUUUGGAUACGUCAACUACAACAAGCCAAAGGUAAAUUGGGGUUCGUCGGUCCAGGCAGGUACAUACAACAUGGCUUUGUCAUACUCUGUCUCUCUGUCUGGUGUUAAGGAUCAUGUCAAGAAUUUUAGACCACAAUGCCUCGUACUGACUGGGCCACCAAACCAGCGACCAGCCCUGGUGGACUUUGUCGGCUCUUUCACUAAACAUAUAAGCCUCAUGAUCUGUGGAGACAUAAUCAUGGAGCAGGACAGGCAGACUCGGCCGCAGGAUACCACUGACAGCUUGGUGAAGUGGAUGAACAGGAGGAAGGUGCGCUCCUUUUAUACUCCUUUCACUGCGGACAGCCUCAGAGCCGGAGCACGACACUUGAUACAGGCUUCUGGUCUCGGCAAGCUGAAGCCCAACACUCUGGUCCUGGGCUUCAAGGCAAACUGGAGGGACAGUUCUCCUGAAAGCAUUGAAGAUUAUACCAACACCAUAUAUGAUACCUUUGACUCCAAUUACUGUUUGUGUAUCUUGAGGAUGAUGGACGGGCUGGAUAUCUCUGACCAGUUUGACUUUGAAGUGAACCAGGGCUUUGAGCCGGAUGAAUCUGUUGAAAAUGACGACCAGCAGUCUCCUGAGGGGGAAUCCGCUGACAACAUCUCAGAUAAAGGCGACAGCAAUCAGAUCAAGACAGUGUUUCAGAAUGACCAGGGGAAGAAGACCAUCGACGUCUACUGGAUAGCUGACGAUGGAGGCCUGACUCUGUUGGUGCCUUACCUGCUGACCAGGAGGAAACGCUGGCACCGCAGUAAGGUCAGGGUCUUCAUCGUAGGAGAUGAACAAAACAUGGAUGAAGGCCGCAACGAGAUGAUCGCUCUGUUGAAGAGGUUUCGGUUGGAUUUUAACGAUGUUAUAGUUAUGACAGACAGUGAGAGGCCUCCACUUGCUAAGAACCUGAGUAGGUUUGUGGAUAGUGUCGCCCCCUUCAGACUAUACGAUGAACAGCAGGAAGGUGUCUCAGUUCAGGAGCUGAGACAAAGCACCCCAUGGAAAAUAUCAGACAAAGAGUUUGAGGCAUUCAAACUUAAGUCUGAGAGAAAAGUGAGGCUGAAUGAAAUCAUCCGGAAGAAUUCACAACACGCCUCACUCGUGCUUGUGAGCCUACCUGUGCCACACAGUGACUGUCCCAGUGCUCUGUACAUGGCCUGGCUGGAUACUCUGACCCGUGGCCUUCACUGCCCCGUGGUGCUUAUACGAGGAAACCAGCAGAAUGUCCUCACCUACUACUGCCAGUAAAAAAUACCCCAGGAACAAAGGGAAAAUACAACAUAAACCCAAUAAGUGAAAUAAGUUAAAAAGAAUGUGUGAAACUGGUGCCAAUUGAGGGUUAACAAACCUGAUAGAGUAAGAGCUCUUAUAGACAGUGAUGGAAGAUAACACCAUUGUAGUUACUUGUAUCACUGUCAUCAAGAUCAUCUUCAGGAUUAUGUGGAUACCAACACCACCAUAGUCAAUUUCCUUCUGCAACAGCUGGACUCCCUUGAUGCUGCUCUGCCUAAGCCACAACUUGAAACAAAAGGUGAUAGAAGACGCACCAGAGACCCGAAGAGAGUGAGUUUUAUUCAGGUUUUAAGGUAGUCUGAGAUGCUGAGUGGUUAUACAGACUGCUGUCCUGGAUUGUUGACAGGUACCAUGAAUGAACACAGAAAUACACAAAAUCCCUCCCAUAUAUUUACUAUAUUGUGUGUAUAUGUAAUAUACUACUAGUUCAGCCUUAAUGAACAGUCCAUUAAAUGGGUUUAUCACUAUCUAUAUAGAACUCAGGCAGUAUUUUCCAGUGGUUCCAAAUUAAGUGCUCUUAAGGUUAGUAUAGAUGUCCAGCUAGGGUCUGUUCUUGGUCCUCUUUGUUUUAAGAUUGUUUUUUGUAAGAUUCGUGCCAUUUACUAAGAGAGAUGCUCAAUAUAAUUUCAAUAUAAAUAUUGUACAGUAAAUAUGAAGAUGGAGUUAGUGAAUUUUAGAGUUUCAUUAUAUAACGUAUUUAUUUAAAAACGGCAAAUUAUGUGUGAACAUUAAAAACGAUCAGUACUUAUUAAUAAAUAACUGGGAGAAAUGUAACAUAGGUAAUAAGUAUAAUAACUAAGUUUAGCUAUUAGUAGUUACUGAACCAUUUUCACAUAUGACAUAACUUGAUAAUUGUUCCUGCUGAGAGCAGAGCCUAAUGACUGAGUACCUUUGACCUUGGGGAAUGUUAUUUGUGCAUACAAGGAUUUCAACUUUGUUGCUGAGGAAAAGUUGAAGUCUUUUGGAUUAAACUUGCUCUGUAUAGGCAAUAACAAAUUUAAUUUUUUGGCAAAUUCGACUUCAACUUGACUUAAUGUUGUAAAUUUUUUUGUAUUUGCAUGAUUAUUUCAUUGUAAAAUUAUAUCUUGUGAGUUAUUUUUUAUUCAUAUUGUAUUUACAUAAGAUGUGUCUAAAAAUGAAAUAAUAAAUGUAAAUGUAAAUUAAAUACUUUAUUUAGGAUUCCAAAAUAUGCAUCUUCGGAGCUCAAAUAUUAAAGUGUAAAGCAAAUUCAAUAUUUUCCCCACAUGUGACUAGAUUCUUUAAAACUUCGUUAAUCUGCAUUAUUUGUACAGGCUGCUUAUUGUGUAAUGUAUUUGUAUUUAUCUGCUCUAUCUGUGAUAUGUUGGUUUUCUAUAAUUAAUUAAAU